UCCUGUUCAAAACAGGGCGCGCAUUUUGUCUCUCGGCUUGUUUGCCUUCCUGUGGCCGAGAAACGCGAACAAUGCAGAGGGCAUCCCGACUCAAGAGAGAGUUGCAUCUGUUAACUACAGAACCACCACCAGGUAUUACAUGCUGGCAGAAUGGAAGCCGCAUAGAUGAACUUAAAGCACAAAUACUGGGUUCUGCAAAUACACCAUAUGAAAAAGGACUUUUUGACUUGGAAGUAAUUGUGCCUGAAAGAUAUCCAUUUGAACCCCCCAAAAUGCGCUUCCUGACUCCUAUCUACCAUCCUAACAUUGACUCAUCAGGAAGAAUCUGCCUUGAUGUUCUCAAAUUGCCACCCAAGGGUGCAUGGAGACCAUCCCUGAACAUUGCCACAUUACUAACUUCUGUACAGUUGCUAAUGAAUGAGCCUAAUCCUGAUGACCCUCUCAUGGCAGAUAUAUCCUCUGAGUAUAAAUACAACAAGCAAGAAUUCCUCAGAAAUGCCAGACAAUGGACAGAAAAGUAUGCAAGCCAGACAACAAUGGCCUUGGAAACUGCAAACAAAGAGAACCACCAAAGGGAAGCCAACCUAUCCAAAGAUUCUAACAUUUCCCAGAAAAGGAAAGGAAGCAAUAUCAGCGGAUUGUCAAAAAAAGGUUGUUCUGAAACAUAGAGAGUUUGCUGUUGUACAGAAUCCUAGUCUGUGUUCAUUUUAAUGUUACUUUCCAUCUCUUAAAUAGUCUUUAUGUAAUUAAUGUACUGUUUACACAUUAUGUAAUGCUUCUCUGUCAGUGAUCUUUUUAUAGUAGCUGAUGUGAUUUUCUCUGUUUUUUUUAAAAGCUUAUUUCACUUAGAGCUUCUAUAUUUACAGUGUUUUUCAUUUUAGUUUACAUGUUUUGUAGUUUAUUUAAUUCUUGAAUGUGAGCAUAAAAUGAGAAUAAUAAAUGUUAUUAUUGGGA